UACCAUGCCACAUCAGUACUAUAUACCAUGAAGCAAACUGCUGCAGUCCGUAGGAUCAAAAUUCUAUAAAUAUAUUGGAGGUAAGAAGCUUAUUCUGCCAGGUUUUUACUAAUCUUCCCUAAAAAAAGACAAUGAAAGAGUUGAGAGAAUUGGCUUUGGCAUACCGUAAGGCUCCCAUAAACAACAUAGAGCCGGUCCUGAAAGAGUUCUUUGAAGAAAUGGAUCCACAGAAGAAAGGUUUCGUAGCGUUUAAGGAGUUCUCGGUUUAUAUGGAGAAUUUGGGACGCCCUCAAUUGUGCUCAGAGGAGUUUUUCUCCAAGCUGAACCAAGAUGGAAGUGGAAAGUUGGAUGAUAUGGAUGUAGUAACACUUUUUUACAUUGUCCAUAGUCGUUUACCUUUUUGCAAUUCUUGCAAAAAGUUUUUAGAGGGUACUUCGUAUUUGGUUUGUGUGAAAUGCUUCCAUGAGAAUAACAAUGGUAAAAGUGAUGCUAAUGAAGAAUCCUUCAAUGUUUGCACUACCUGCUACCUUGAUGAAAAAUUUAAGCAUCAUCACACUGAAUUCCUCGAUCCGAACCUUCUUCUUCGCCAUUUGAGGAAGAUGCAGCCUGUAGCAGUUUCUUCUACAACUUCUAUGUCUCAAGAUGUUCAGGACCUUAAGCUUGUAGCAGAUAACUCUUCUAAUCCUUCUGCAAAUAAUCGGCUUAAAGCAGGUUCUUCUUCGCAAUCUAUAAAUCAGUAUGUAGCAGAGUCUUCAACACAGUCUGCAAAUCUGGUACUAGCCCUCCAACGUCCACAAAAAUAUUCCAUGGUGACUGGCUUCAUUGUGGCGUUGGAGCUGGCACUCAGUGUUGGGAAUUUUGUUGGAUGCAGCAUUAUGUGAUCAUUUUUAGUGAUGAUUGCAAGCAAAUAUGCACAAGGCUUGAAUAUUGCAUUUAUUCAAAUUUAAUAUUGCAAUUUGAUGUGGUAAAUUGAAAAUAAUUUUAAACAUUUGUUCCAUUUGAUUGUGGUUGGAAUAGCACUGGAUCUAAUUACUUAAAUAUAAAUAUACAUAUAUUGAGUAUAGUA